UUUCAAGCCUAUCGACAAUCGUUAUAUAUAUGUAUUUAUUUAAAGCAUCUGUAAACGUGAUGUAUUAUUCUGUAUUUUAUGGUGUCUUGAGUUUGUUUUAAGAUGAAAACCUCGACUCAAACCUGGCAACCCCCGGUGAGAGCGUCUCCGCUGCGGCUUCACUCGAGCUUCAAACGCGACGCGGAAACCUGCGCUUAGACCCCGAGCAGAGGAAACCGAGUCACCUGAAGUACACCGCUCAGACCCGGGGGAAGAAGCGCUCUGUACGCCUAAAGGAGUGAGAGAAACCCCGGGAGAAGCACCGGGAGAAGCACCGGGAGAAGGACCGAGUCGAGCCCCGAGAAAAGCCCGGGAGGAGGGGGACAGCGUGGAGGGGACAGGUGACGUUCUUCCACUACAGCAGCAGAAACAGCCCUGAUCUGAGCCAAUGUCAACAGCACAACAGAAUAUACAGCUGCAGUGGGGGAGGUCUCUCGGCCCCAGGACCCCGACAUGAGACGACUGGGCUCCAGCUCUGAGGACCGCCUCUCUGCUGCCCUCUCCUGUGUGAAGACUGGUACUGACGCAGGAUGCGAGGUGAGCCCGCUCUCCACCUCCUCGUGCGGGUCGGACCCUGAAGACUCCGUGACCAGCAUUAGCAGCAUGUCCAGCUUGUCCAGCAAAGACGGCAGCCCCUUCUCCCCCCUCGGCCCCCCGCACCCACACACCCUGCCCCCCUUCUCCCCCCUGAGCCCCCCCACCCUCCAGAACCUCCCGCCCUUCUCCCACGGGCGCUCCAUCUCCAUCUCCGUGGUGCCCUGCUCGGAUCUGGCCCCCAGACCCUCCGUGUCGUCGACAGGAGAAGAGCUUGUGGACGCCUUCAGCCCAGAGUCGGAGCACCCGCCUCCUCCCGUCUCCCAGACACAUAAGGGCAAAGUGGGUAAAGUCUCACACACGCCCCCACCCUCCAGAAAACUGCUCCAGCUCCUCCCAAACCUCCAGAAUCUCUCCCGGAGCAAGAGCCAUGAGUCCCAGCUCGCCAACCGCAUUGAGGAGCCCCCCACCAGCAAAGUUUGUAAGAAGAACAAACCUGUGGCAGCUCUUCAGCUGAAUGGAUUUGGGAUGAACUCAGACGACCUCCGCGGCCCCCUCUCCGCUCGCACCCCUGGACCAUACUACCACACAGACAAUUCAUCCAAGCACAAAGGAUCUCCACAGACUUUGAGGAGGGACUUAGGUCUGCCCGUCACCCAUAGGUUCUCCACAAAGUCGUGGUUCUCUCAGACGUGCCAGGUGUGCCACAAGAGCGUCAUGUUCGGGGUCAAGUGCAAACACUGCAAGUUAAAGUGCCAUAACAGAUGCACCAAAGACGCCCCCAUGUGUCGCAUAUCUUUUCUCGCAUUGCCACAGAUGCGGAGAGCAGAGUCUGUGCCAUCAGACAUAAACAAUCGAAUCGACCGAGCGGUGGAGCUGCCCAUUUACUUUGGCACUUUACCCAAAGCUGUCGUCAAAAGGGAGAUGCAGCCGGCCUCGUCUCACUUGGACUCCAGCAGUAACGCGUCUUCCGCCACCUCCUCUGCUCCUUCAUCUCCUCACUACCACCAGAACAGCCCCCACAGUGUGAACGCCACCCCGCCCCCCAACGCAUCACCAGCACACGCCUCCAGGGACCAGCGCUUCAACUUCCCAGAUCUCCCUGAUUCGGCAGCAGCUCAAAACUCCACCAGCAACAACACAGGAGUGUCUCAGGUGAACGCUACAGAAGCCCAGAAGAAUGAUGCAGCUCCUGAACAGGGGGAGGCAGAGGAGGACGAGCCUGAUGGGGGGGAGUGCUCAGAGGGCGGUCCGGAGCAGGGUGAGGACCUGGGUGAGGACCUGGGUGAGGACCUGGGCGAGGACCUGGGUGAGGACCUGGAUGAAGACGGUCUGGACGAGCUGCCCCCGUCCUGCAGGAGGGAGAGGGCGCUUGGAUUCCACAGAAAAGCCAGUCAGACCAGUGUCUACCUGCAGGAGUGGAACAUCCCCUAUGAACAACUGCAGCUGGGAGACCUCAUAGGAAAGGGCCGCUGGGGGAAGGUCCACAGGGGGCGCUGGCAUGGGGAGGUGGCCAUCCGUCUGCUGGAGGUGGACGGGAACAAUGAGGAGCAUCUGAAGCUGUUCAAGAAGGAGGUGAUGAACUACAGACAGACCCGUCACGAGAACGUCAUUCUGUUUAUGGGAGCGUGCAUGGCCCCGCCCCAUCUCGCCAUCAUCACCAGUUUCUGUCGAGGAGUGACUCUGUACACCGUGGUGAGAGAGCGGGCCUCGCUGCUGGACAACAACAAAACCAGACAGAUCGCUCAAGACAUCGUCAACGGGAUGAGUUACCUUCACGCUAAAGGCAUCGUUCACAAAGACCUCAAAUCCAAAAACAUCUUCUACGACUCAAACAAAGUGGUGAUCACGGACUUCGGACUGUUCGGGAUGUCCGGCGUGGUGCAGGAGGGCAGGAGGAGCAGUGUGCUGCGGAUCCCUCGGGGCUGGCUGUUUUAUUUGGCGUCUGAAAUCGUGAGGAAGAUGAGUCCAGAGGAGGACGAAGACCAGCUGCCAUUUUCUAAACCUGCAGAUGUUUACGCUUUUGGUACGAUCUGGUAUGAGCUCCACACUGGCAUCUGGCCCCUGGAGCAGCAUCCUGUUGAAGCCCGGCUUUGGCUCUUCGGUUCUGGGGAGGGCAUCCGCAGAGAGCUGGGGAAAGCGCAUCUGGGGAAGGAGGUCACGGAGAUCCUGUCUGCCUGCUGGUCCUUUCACUCCGAGGAGCGUCCCUCUUUCACUCAGCUCAGUGACAUGCUGGAAAAACUGCCCAAACUCAACCGCCGCCUCUCUCACCCCGGACACUUCUGGAAGGCUCAAGAGCUGUGGGAUCAUCGAGCGUGCUGCCAGGGCUUUCUCUCAAACUGUCCCUUCAUCUUCAAAUACAGCUGAGAGCCAACCGUGGGUUUCCGUGUUAGAACGUCGCGUCCCGUCUCGUAGCAGCACACGGGUUUCAGAAAUGAUAAAAAAUGUGGACCGUUGCCAUAGAGAUGAACUAUUUAACUCUUUCUCCCUUGGACGCCUAAUAGGAACAACCCUUACAUAUAUUUCUAGGGCGACCCAUAGAGCGUAACUGCAUAAAAGAAAACAGACUUCCACGAGUGAUUAGAAAUGAUUUUCACACUUAUGAACUUAAUUGAAACACAGACAUAUUUGGUAUUUCUGGAAACCUUAGACUCUGAACUCUUCAUUUCUGGAUGUUUAAAUGUGAUUCAACUCAUUUACAGGUUUAUAACAGCUCACUGAAAAUGAGAGUUUACCUGCUCAGGUGCAAAAUCGAAAACAAAAAAACUACAUUCAGCAUCUGAUAUAUGCAUGUUCUGAGUACUAUAUUCAUUAAAAAAUGUAAAAAAAUGUAUUUGUCAACAUAUUUAAACAGAUUUCAUAUCACGAGAUACAGUAGAGCCAAGUGUACACCUGUUUGUACCUGUUGUUCACCUGUGUGCACCUAAUUCGUUUUUUUUCCAUUUAACUUAUUCAACUCAUUUAGCUUAUUCAACUUAUUUAACUUAUUCAACUCAACACUUUUGAAAUCUAUAAAAGUCACUUUCUCUAAACUUAUCCAUAAAAUAUGUCCGCUGCUCAUUAUUUUAAAAAAACUGUGCCGCAGCGCCGCAAUCUCUCCAUUACAUGUGUGUCGUGUUGUGUUUUUUCCGGAAGCUACAAUCACCACUACUUCGAUUAACUUUGGAAAAAAUCGGCGAAAACAUAUCCUUGAAUCCUCUUGGUCAGUCUUGUAUGGGUUGUAGUGGCCCCCACCUAUCACAGCCUCUGUUUACAUGUGAAAAACCGAGCCUUUACUAAUGUCGUCAAAUCACAUCUUUAGUGAAACAGCGGAGGAGUCAAAACACGUCAUUAAGGAAACAAGGAGGGUCGUCAAAUGUCGUCUUCAUGGGGGAAAGAGUUAUAAUGAAAUAUUAUUGUAUCUUUGAAAUAGGAAAAGUGCUAAAAAUGUUGCAUAUGACAGGAAGCCGAUCGGAAUAGGCUCCGUGCACACUGUUAGCGUCACUACUUCCUGUCCAAUUGUGUGUCUGUGCUUUGAUUAUUAUUAUAUUUGAUGAGUCAUGCUGAAAUUGAAUGCACAUUUUAAGAAGGCAAAAAAAACAAGCAAAAAAACUACAAAAAAAUAAAUAAAUACUUCACUGGAGAAUGCUAAUUUUCAGACAUUAUAAAUAUUAAAACCAGAGUGACCAGAUUUUCAAAGUUCUAAAUUGAAGCACUCGCGGGUUGGGAGGUUUGGUAUAAAUAAAAUAGUGACAAGAGUGUGGAACCUUGGAUUCGUGUCAGUCAUGAUCUGAGGAGCUUCUGAAACGGAAUAUUUUUUGUUUUAUGGUGAUUCACAAACACGGAUUUUAGUUUUUUGCCAAACAAAUGACAAUUUCUGCUCCUCUUUACUGUUGGUGGGGAUCAGGUUAGUCAAAAAUUGUGAUAGUCCUGGUUUUGACCUGAUUUAGUCCUGGUUUAGUCUUGUUUUAGUCCUGACAUAGUCCUGGUUGAGUCUUAGUUUAGUCAUGGCUUAGUCCUGGUUUAGACUUGAUUUUGUCCUGGUUUAGACCUGAUAUAGUCCUGGUUUAGA